UCCCCCUACAAAAACGAAAGAGAGAGAGAGAGAGAGAGAGAGAGAGAGGAGAGCGCGGCCGGCUUUUCGAACGGCCCGAUCGUAGGCGAGGAGGAGCUUCGUACGUUCGUUCGUCAGGUCGUGGAACAAUGGGUGCAGGUGGCAAUAUGUCAGUUCGCCCGGCGGUGAAGAAGUCGGAAAGCAAGCUUGACAACCGAGUUCCUUCUUCAAAACCUCCAUUCACGCUAAGUCAGCUCAAGAAAGCCAUCCCGCCUCAUUGUUUCCAGCGAUCUGUCCUUCGCUCAUUCUCCUACGUGGUCUAUGAUUUGACCAUAGCCUACGUCUUGUACUACAUUGCUACCACUUUUUUCCAUCUCCUCCCCUCCCCUCUUUCCUACCUAGCUUGGCCUAUCUAUGGGUUUGUGCAAGGCUGCGUUCUGACUGGUGUCUGGGUCGUAGCCCACGAAUGCGGCCACCAUGCCUUCAGCGACUACCAGUGGCUGGAUGACCUGGUUGGCCUUGUUCUGCACUCGUGCCUCCUUGUUCCUUACUUUUCUUGGAAAUAUAGUCAUCGUCGCCACCACUCCAAUACAGGCUCCCUUGAGCGCGAUGAAGUUUUCGUUCCAAAGCAAAAGAAUCAGAUGCCAUGGUUCUCAAAUUACCUAAACAACCCACUAGGCCGAGUGAUCACCCUCACUGUCACACUCACCCUUGGUUGGCCCUUGUACUUGAUGUUUAAUGUUUCCGGUAGGCCUUAUGAUCGAUUUGCCUCUCACUAUGAUCCCUACGGACCCAUCUACACCGAUCGUGAGCGGCUCCAGAUUUACAUAUCUGAUGCUGGUGUUCUCGCAGUCACUUACGGGCUUUACCAUCUAGCUGCAGCGAAAGGGCUUGCCUGGGUUAUGUGCGUCUAUGGAGGACCCUUGCUCGUCGUGAAUGCAUUUUUAGUGUUGAUCACUUAUUUGCAGCAUACUCAUGCAUCACUUCCUCAUUACGAUUCUUCCGAGUGGGAUUGGCUCAGAGGAGCUUUAGCGACUGUUGACAGGGACUAUGGCGUCUUGAACAAGGUCUUCCACCAUAUAACAGAUACUCACGUAGCACACCAUUUGUUCUCUACCAUGCCUCACUACCAUGCAAUGGAGGCCACCAAGGCGAUAAAGCCGGUUUUGGGAGAUUAUUAUCACUUUGAUGGGACUUCAGUUUACAAGGCCGCGUGGAGGGAGGCUAAGGAGUGUAUUUAUGUUGAGCCCGACGAAGGUGACCAGAACAAAGGUGUAUUCUGGUACAAGAAUAAGUUGUGAUGACAAUUAAGAGCUCGGUUUCAGGAUCUACAGUUCGGUAAUUGCUUCCAUCCUCCCCACUCAAGAUAAUGUAUUCUGGUUAUUCAGGAUGCGGCGCAUCCAUUUGGAAUUUGACUUUUAGUUCUGCUUCAUUUCAAUAAUUUCGUCGACCCACCCCAAAACCCCAAUUCAUUGUAGAAGGAUAUUUGCAUAAGCAUUUAAGGUGAACUUUUGCCGUCUUCCUAGUCUCUUCUUUUUGACAGAGUUCUGAUUGCUGUUGUGGUAAGAUCACCUUUAAAUGAUGAUGGGGAACUAAUUUUGCGUGCCA